AUGGGGGAGAAGUCAGAAAACUGUAGUGUUCCAGAGGAUCUCUUCAAUGGUUUGAAAGUUACAGAUCACCAGGAAGCAGAGUGUGCUAGUCCUCCAGUUUCUGAUCCCAAAGAUCACCAUCUUCACAACAAGCUGCUCAAAGAUGUUGAGGCUCAUUCUCAGGAAGAAGACCAGGGAGAAGAGUGUUUUCAUGACUCUAGUGCCUCAUUUGAAAAGGAGGAGCCAGGAGUGGACAAGGUUGAGAACAAACCUGAUGAUAAUGUGAAUUCCUCUGAACUUGAUGAAGAAUACCUAAUAGAACUGGAAAAAAACAUGCCAGAAGAGGAGAAACAGAAAAGAAGAGAAGAGAGCACUAGACUAAAGGAGGAGGGAAAUGUGCAGUUUAAAAAAGGAGAUUAUAUAGAAGCUGAGAGUUCUUAUAGUCAAGCCCUUCAGAUGUGCCCAUCCUGCUUCCAGAAAGACAGGUCUAUUCUGUUUUCAAAUAGAGCUGCUGCAAGGAUGAAACAGGACAAGAAAGAGAUGGCCAUCAGUGACUGCAACAAAGCAAUUCAGUUAAACCCCAACUAUAUCAGGGCAAUAUUGAGGAGAGCGGAGUUGUACGAAAAAACUGACAAGCUAGAUGAAGCCCUGGAGGACUAUAAAUCCAUAUUAGAAAAAGAUCCAUCAGUAUAUCAAGCAAGAGAAGCCUGCAUGAGAUUACCUAAGCAGAUUGAAGAACGUAAUGAAAGGCUAAAGGCAGAGAUGUUAGGUAAACUAAAAGAUCUUGGGAACUUGGUUCUUCGACCUUUUGGACUCUCCACCGAAAAUUUCCAGAUCAAACAGGAUUCCUCUACUGGUUCCUACUCCAUCAAUUUUGUUCAAAAUCCAAAUAAUAACAGAUAACAAAGUUCACAGUAGCUUGUAAAGCUGGCUUGGAUAUUUUGUGCUGCUCGCUAUUAGCAAGGGGGAAGGCCCUGCCAAUAUUUAACUUUUAAAAGCAUUUUAUCUCAAAGACAGGCUACCCACUAGGGCCCAGUUGCUCCCUUUUCCCUCUUGUUUUAUGGUCAGGGUGAAACACACUUCUGAUGUAAUAAGCCUAAUUGGAUUUCGAUGUCUGUGUGGCUGUUGCCCUUGGUUCUGGCUGUUCUUUGCUUUGUCCAGGAGGAAGCCUGCUUGUCAAAGCUGGUCUCCUCAAGCUUUCCACACUGGCCCAGGCAGAGUAUCUCCCGGCCUGAGCAAACUGCUGGUCAGAAACUGCCCAAACAUGAUUAAUGGGGUUCCCGCCUACUGUCCCCUCUCCCUGAGUACUCCCACUGCCCAGGCGGCCGGGCAUGGGCUCUGGCGUCUCCUGGUUUCCUCUGUGGUAAUAAACGCUUUCUGUGAUGGUCUGA